AUGAAUACCAUUGAUACAAACAAGGUCAAUACUAUGAAGCGGAGUGGUAGGGAUGACCCAGAUGCUGCUCAACCGCCCGCUAAGCAUCGCGUUUUAACCCCUGCUAGAAGGGAGCAAAACAGGUUGGCGCAAAAGGCAUACAGAGAAAGACAAAAAGAAGAGAGAAGAAUAAUAAAAGAGAAAAGAUCUCGAGCAAAAGAUAAUCCGCGGCCUCGGCCGCUUUUGAAGCGCGACGCACCUGUACAACAGGAAGACCAAGACCCCGGCCAACUUACCAAGUUCAUUGAGCCCGUGUCGCCAAGCACCACCGAGUCAAGCAAUGAAUCAAAUUUCCCAGAUGUCUAUCUCAACAUGCUUCAGUUCUUCCCAACCGCAUUUUUCGGAUCUUGUCUCACCAAUGCAAGGUCACUGGGCUUUGACCUUGAUGUCGUCGCAAAUUGCAACGCUGAUAACAUUUCUCCAUUCUUCCAACCCAGCAUCUCCGGAACCCCAAACUGUAGAGCUCUUGGCUCAGCGUUCAUCUCUUCCUUCAAUAACACCAACGUCCCCGUUCACUUGCGCCCUACGCUGGCGCAGAUUCUCAUACCCCAUCAUAUAAGCCUGGAUUUGGUACCUCUUCCGUUUCUGCGCGAGCGCGCUAUCAUGGCAUCUGCUGCCUUACCUUCUACUUUCAAUAUUUGGGAGAUGAAGCUUGAUAUAUACGCGAGAGGAGGGUUGACAACGUGGAGGUUGGGCUCUGGCAUGGGAGAGAAGUCCAAGGAUAGCUACCCGCCCUGGGACAUGAAGAGUUGGGAGGCUGCACCGUGGUUCCUGGACAAGUGGUGCAUGGUCAUGGGGAAGGAUUAUGAAAGGAUUCAGCAGCAGAGUAUUGGAUGGCAGGUUGUGAGAGACAUGAUAUGCUCACAAGAUACGUUCCAAGGUUUGAAUGAAUGUCUUGUGACUUAA